CUGUACCUUUGAUGAGGACUCAGACCCUGGUUUGUGUGAAUACCGACAGGGCCAAGAGGACGACUUUGACUGGCAGCUGAUCAGAACCUACAAUUGGCCACACCCAACCCCUGAUCUUCUACGAGGAUCCUUCAUGAUGGUCAAUUCCUCACAGCAUUUUGGGGGCCAGCGGGCUCAGCUGCUCCUGCUCCCGCUAAGUGAGAACGACACUCACUGCAUCCAGUUCAGCUACUUCCUGUACAGCCGUGAUGGCCACAGCCCCGGGGACCUGCAGGUCUACAUCCGGGUCAACGGUGGUCCCAAGGGCAGCGCCGUGUGGAAUAUCUCAGGCUCCCAGGGACGCCAGUGGCACCAGGUGGAGCUCGCCGUCAGCACUUUCUGGCCCAGUGAAUACCAGGUCAUCUUUGAAGCAACCAUUUCCGAGGAGCGACAGGGCUACAUUGCCUUAGACGACAUUGUGCUGCUCAAUUACCCCUGCUACAAGGUGCCUCAUUUCUCUCGGCUGGGUGACGUGGAGGUGAAUGCUGGGCAGAACGCCUCGUUCCAAUGUGUCGCCACGGGCAAAGUUUCUGAGGCUGAGCCCUUCCUACUGGAGCGGAGAAAUGGCGUGCUGCUGGACACGUCUCUGCUGUCUCGGCUGAGCCACAAGCGGCUGAUGGCAACUUUCCAGGUAGAGGCACAACGUGGAGAGCAGGACCUCUACCGCUGCGUCACCUUGUCCCCCAGAGGCGCCGCUGUCUCCAACUUCGGAGAGCUCAUCGUCAGAGUGCCACCAACACCGAUCGCACCUCCUCAGCUCUUGCGGGCAGGUCCCACCUAUUUGAUCAUCCAGCUCAACACCAACUCCAUUGUGGGGGACGGACCGGUCAUUCGUCGUGAAAUCCAGUACCGGGCCAGCCAGUCCACUUGGACAGAAACUCACGGUGUGGGCUCGCUUACCUAUAAGGUUUGGCACUUGGAGCCUGACACAGAGUACCGCAUCAGCGUCCUGCUCACCCGGCCCGGAGAUGGAGGCACCGGAGCACCAGGACCCCCGCUGAUCAGCAGGACAAAGUGUGCAGAGCCCAUGCGUGCCUUGCGGGGGCUGACAGCCACAGAGAUCCAGCCAAGGCAGCUGGCCCUUCAGUGGGAGCCACUAGGCUACAACCUAACCCGCUGUCACACCUACACUUUGUCUCUGUGCUACCGCUACUCCAUGCCGACAGGGGGCAGCGGAGGGAACAACGCCACCGUCAGAGAGUGCCUGUCCGUGGACCGAAACACUUCCCACUUCACCCUGAGAGACCUGCCACCUUUUCGUGCCGUCCAUGUCCGGCUGGCUCUGGCCAAUCCCGAAGGCAAGAAGGAGAGCAGAGAGGUCACCUUCCAGACUGAGGAGGACAUUCCUGGCGGUAUCGCUCCAGAGUCUCUGACCUUCACCCCGCUCGAUGACAUGAUCUUCCUCAAGUGGGAGGAGCCCAUAGAGCCAAAUGGUCUCAUCACGCAGUACGAGAUCAGCUACCAGAGCAUCGAAUCAUCUGACCCUGGCAUUAAUGUGCCUGGUCCUCGCCGUACAGUGUCCAAGCUGAGGAACGAGACCUACCACAUGUUCUCAGGCCUGCAUCCUGGAACCACAUACUUGGUGUCUGUCCGUGCCCGAACUGCCAAAGGCUUCGGCCAGACAGCGCUCACUGAGAUCACCACCAACAUCUCUGCCCCUGUGUUUGACUAUGAAGACAUCCCUUCUCCGCUGAGUGAGUCGGAGAGCACCAUCACCGUGCUGCUGCGCCCUGCCCUUGGGAGAGGGGCUCCUGUCAGUGCCUACCAAGUGGUGGUGGUGGAAGAAGAUGGGUCCCGUCAGGUGAGGAGGAGGGAACUGGGCACCGUGGACUGUUUCCCCACUCCAAACUCACACAGCGAAGCCCAGGCUAAGGGGACCCCACAUUACUACACCGCUGAGCUGGCUCCCAGCAGUCUGCCGGAGGCCACGCCUUUCACCGUGGGUGAUAAUCACACCUACAACGGCUACUGGAACAGUCCUUUAGACCCCACCAAGAACUACCUCAUCUACUUUCAGGCCACCAGCAACUUCAGAGGGGAGACCAGAAUUAACUGUAUUCGGAUUGCUCGCAAAGCUGCCUGUAAAGACUCUAAGAGGGCCCUGGAGGUAUCCCAGCAUGCCGAGGACAUGGGUCUGAUCCUGGGGGCCUGCGCCGGCGGUCUGGUGGUCCUCAUUCUGCUGCUGGGGGCCAUUGUCAUCAUUGUCAAGAAAGGAAGGGACUUCUAUUCUUACCCUUACUACCCCAGGAAGAAGGUGCCCAUAAACAAGGCAGCCAUGUCCUACAGGCAGGAAAAGAGUCGGAAGCUGAGCUCUUUAGACUGCAGUAUGACGGAGCAGAGCACUCUCCAGCAGGAUGAGAGGAUGGCCCACUCCUUCAUGGAUGCCCACGGCUGCAGCACUCGAAAUGAGCAGCGUAGCUCUGUCAACGAGUCCAGCAGCUUACUGGGAGGCUCACCCCAACGCCACUGUCGGAGGAAGAGCUCACCGUAUCACACGGGUCAGCUCCACCCUGCUGUACGAGUAGCUGACCUCCUGCAGCACAUCAACCAGAUGAAGACGACGGAGGGAUACGGCUUCAAGCAAGAGUAUGAGAGUUUUUUCGAUGGCUGGGACGUCACAAAAAAGAAAGACAAGACCAAAGGAAGGCACGAUAGCUUGCUCAGUCAUGACCGCCAUCGAGUCAAGCUCCACUCUCUGCUGGCAGACCCCAGCUCAGACUAUGUCAAUGCCAACUACAUAGACAUUCGGAUAAACAGGGAAGGUUACCAGCGAUCAAACCACUUCAUCGCCACUCAAGGCCCCAAGCAGGAGAUGAUCUACGAUUUCUGGCGGAUGGUUUGGCAGGAGAAUUGCUUCAGUAUUGUCAUGAUCACCAAGCUGGUGGAAGUGGGCAGGAUGAAGUGCUGUAAGUAUUGGCCUGAUGACACUGAGCUCUAUGGUGACAUUAAGAUAACACUGCUGAAGACAGAAACACUGGCAGAGUACACUGUGCGCACCUUUGCCAUGGAGAGGAGAGGUUACCCUGCCAAGCAUGAGGUGUGUCAGUUCCACUUCACCUCCUGGCCCGAGCAUGGCGUGCCUUACCACGCUACCGGCCUGCUGGCUUUCCUGCGUCGGGUCAAGGCCUCAACACCUCCUGAUGCCGGACCUGUGGUGGUCCACUGCAGUAUGGGGGCAGGCAGGACCGGCUGCUACAUCGUGCUGGAUGUCAUGCUGGAUAUGGCUGAGUGUGAAGGAGUAGUGGACAUCUACAACUGUGUUAAGACCCUCUGCUCCCGCCGCAUCAACAUGAUCCAGACUGAAGAGCAGUAUGUGUUCAUCCAUGAUGCCAUCCUGGAGGCCUGUCUGUGUGGAGAGACCGCCAUCCCUGUUACUGAGUUUGCUCUCACUUAUAAGGAAAUGCUGAAGGUCGACUCUCAGAGCAACACCUCGCAGCUCAGAGAGGAGUUUCAGACUCUGAACUCUGUGACUCCUCACCUGGAUGUGGAGGAAUGCAGCAUCUCUCUGAUGCCCAGGAACCGGGAGAAGAACCGCAGCAUGGAUGUCCUGCCACCGGACCGCUCCCUGGCCUUUCUCGUCACCACUGAGGGAGAGAGCAGCAACUACAUCAAUGCAGCGCUCGCCGACAGCUUCCUCCGGCCCGCUGCCUUCGUGGUGACGCCACACCCGCUGCCCGGCACCACCACUGACUUCUGGAGGCUCGUGUAUGACUAUGGCUGCACCUCUGUGGUGAUGCUUAACCAGCUCAACCAGUCCAACUCUGCCUGGCCUUGUCUGCAGUAUUGGCCUGAACCAGGGCUGCAGCAGUUUGGACCCAUGACAGUGGAGCUUUUGUCCAGGACAGCGGACGAUGAUGUUAUCAUCCGUCUCUUCCGGGUUCAAAACAUCACUCGGGAUCCCGAGGAGACAGACACUACAGAGCAGGACACCGCUAGACUCUAUCCCGAGAAGGUAUUCUGUUGUCCAGUAGAUGUAGCAAAGGCACUUUAAGUAGCAUUGUUACCAAACAUUACAUGACAGAAUAACUCGUUUUUUUCAGUGUAGCAAGUCAUGCUUGUUGCUGAGCCUCAAUCUUUCACCGCUGUUGUUGUUAGUGCUCGUGUUCUUUCAGAGUGUGGAAUUUUGGACUAUUGGUCACGCUGUGGAGAAGUGUUUUUAUGUCACGGUCCCUGUUUCAUUUGUAUUUUGUGCUCAUGCAUAAGAGGAUAUGAGUUCCCACAAUCCAUCAAGCAUCCUGUGACUGUCCAUGACUUUGCUGAAAGUUGUAAAAAGUUCACCUGCAAACCACUGGUUCUGCAUCUCCCUUCUAAUCCCUACUAUGUAGGAAAAGCAUCUACACAGAGAGAAGUUCGCUGGGUCAUAUUAGAUUACGGAUUGGGGUUAACUGUUCCUUGGCAUUUUAGAACCCAGAUAUGUCAAACCUAUGUUUUGAAAAAAAAAAGGGAGGAAGCCUGGGUCCUGCUGAGGUGGAACAUACAGAUGUCUACCACAAUAAAAUACUCUUACGGGCAAAAAUAUUUAUCAUAGCACAUGCAAAAUAUAUUUAAAAUGUAAAGGUUACUCCAAUCAAUAUUUUUGUACUAAUGGAUUGAAAGUGACUAUGUGUAAUGUGAAUAAGGAGGGUCAUAGUGACAAACCUUUUGAUAAUUCUACCCCAACUACAGUAGGCAUAUCUGAAUGUUUGAGCUUAUUGUUUUCAUUGUGGCCUGGGAACAUUACAGUUUUGUGCAGUCAUUUUUAGCUAACAAAGCCGUGAAAUGCCUGUCAAGCACCAGUCCAUGUACAGACUUGACACAAACAGACAUUGAUGCAGGACACAGCAGAGCUAAAAGGAGGGUAAAUAUUAGACUUAAAUUCAUGAGAUGGUCAGAAACACAUGAAGAAUGAUCGUGUUGCUCUAAAUCUGCUACAAAGUUUUAAAAAAAGAAUAAAUUAUUUAUAAGGUUUGCAGGUAAACAUAUAAGUGUGCAUUUUUGUGUGCUGCCCCCAAGUAGCCAAAAAAAUAAAUAAAUCAAUGACUACAGCUUUAAAUAUCAAUAUUGAAAAGCAAUUUUAAAAGAAUACCAUGAAGAACUAUGAAGCAAUUCUAACUGUCAGAUGCUAAAGUAGGAUAAUGUUACAUUUCAAAGGAAAUGGAAGAGUUUACAGCACUAUAGUACAAUGAUUUUAAAUCGGCAUCGGCCUUAUUAUUGCUUUAUUAUUUUGUUCUUGGUGCUUGGUAGGAAUGUGGUUUUGAAUGGAUCAGUUUUGAUGGCAUGGUGGUUUACAGCAUUUUUGCAUUGCUUUUAAUAGUAAAAGGGCUGAAUUGCUGAUAGAAUUCCCUCUGGCUGAUAACCAGAAAGCUCUUUGAGUGAGUUUGUGACAUGUGGAGCAUACAUAAUGU